CUCCGUUCGUUCCUGCGUUGUGCAAGAUCUGAUCGCAUCGAAGGCUACUCCAGAGGAUCCCCCGUAUAGAAGCUUAUCCCAAUUGAUGGCAUCCAAAUCUUCAAUUAAGUUUUUAAUUGUGUCGACUGUGUAGGGCUGCCACCUCAAUAGUAUUCGAGAGAGUUGCCAGCAAACCUGCUUCUAUCUGACAACUGGUCGAUUGUUUGCCAUUCACCCGGUGACGAGAGCAGCAAAAACGCAAGCAAAGCAGCCAAGAGCCACAGAAACCUCAAAUCAUGGAUAGCGCCGGUAAAAAUCGUUAUGAACUCUUGUUCAUGGACGAUGAUGUUUCCGAACCAUUAGAUAAUCUUGUGGCGGCGACCGCUGCCGUAGCAGCCGCAACAGCAGCCAGCAAGAAGAAGCAGCCACAGCCUGCCGCGGGCGGUGCUGCCGCCGCAUCGGCAGCCACCAAGAGUGGCGCCGUCAAGGUGGCCAAGACAGCAGCCGCUGGCGGAGGACCAAACGCUAAGAAACCAAAUCAGGCCGAAAAGGAGAACAAGCCAAAUGCUCUCAACAAAAAUAACAACAACAACGAAGGCAAGAAGCCCGCUACUACCACGGACAAACAGUUCAACAAAGACAACAGCAGCGGCGGUUACAAGCAAGGCGGCAGCGGCGGCGGUGGUGCUCCCCGUCCAGGCGGCGGCGGCUUUGGCAACAGAACACGUGAAUUCGGCACCGGUCAAGGGCAGGGACAGGAGCGGGAACAACGCGGACAGGGCCAGCAGCGUGAGCGCAACGUGAACUUCCGUCAACAGAAUGGUGGUGGCGUGCGCGAUGGAAAUGGAAAUGGCAACUACGAAACACGUGAGCAGCGCAACAACCGUCGCAAUGUCCGUGAGAAUGGCCCUGGUGGACCUCCCGAUGGUCAGCCCCGUCCGUAUCGCGGCCAGGGUAACAGUGGAGCUGGCGGUGAUCGCCCACCUCGCCAGAACCGCAACUUUGAUGGACAGAACAGGAAGCGGGAAUUCGAUCGUCAGUCUGGAUCCGACAAAACUGGUGUUAAGGCAAUUGAUAAGCGCGAUGGAGCUGGCGCCCACAACUGGGGUUCGGUCAAGGAGGCCAUUGAUGAUGUGAACAAGAACGAAAGCGAGACAAGUGUGAACAAUGCCGAUGGAGAAAACAAGGCCAACGAGUCUGGAAAUGAACAGCAGAGCGAGCAGCAGGCAGCCGCCGAGGAAGAGACCAAAGAGCUGACAUUGGACGAGUGGAAGGCACAGCAGGGGCAGCGCACUAAGCCCACCUUCAAUAUACGCAAGGCCGGAGAAGGUGAGGACACAUCGCAGUGGAAGAAGAUGGUCGUACUGACCAGCAACAAAAAGAAGGAAAAUGAGAGCGAAGAGGAACUUGAAUACGACCCUGCCAUGUACCCACAGCGCGUUGGCCGCCAGCAGCGCGUUCUCAAUAUCCAGUUUAACUUCAAUGACGGUCGUCGCGGUCCAGGCGGCUUUGGCGGACGCGGUGGUCGCGGCGGACCACGUGUCGGCGGCGGUAUUGGUCGCGAUGGACCCCGUCCUGAGGGCGGCAAUCGUGGCGGACCACGUGAUGGACCCCGUGAUGGCCCGCCAUCGGGUCCUCGCCAGAACAUUGAGGAAGGAGCUGCUGCUGGUGGUGCCACAUCGGCACCAACAAACAACCGGCCGCCAAUCGAGCGUCGCGGUCCGGGAGCCAACAACAGUGGUGGUGGUGCUGGCGGUUUGGGCGGUGGCGCCAAGCGUUUCGGCAAUGAGCGGCAACAGAAUGCCGCCCCCAAGGUGAACGAUGAGCGCCAGUUCCCGACACUGGCCUAAGCGAGGAGUUCCUCAAAUUUUAAACACAUUUUGGUGACUGAUCUGGGAUUGUUCGCGGCGGCAAUGGUGUACUAGAAGGACUAGCUAGCUAGCAGGCGGCUCUGGAGCAGGUUACCAAAAUGAAAAACUAAUAAAUUACAUAUAUCACAGACAAA